UUCUUGUACACAGAGCUACAAUGGGUGUUGUUGUAGCUCAGUUUUUGUUGGUGACCCUUUUUAUUUUAUGCUCCUUUGUCCAUGGAUAUCGUGGAACCAAUUGGAUGAAUGGUGCUCAUGCUACUUUCUAUGGAGGUCCUGAUGCCUAUGGCACAUUGGGUGGGGCUUGUGGAUAUGGCAAUGUAUACAGCGAGAACUAUGGGAUCAAAACGACGGCGUUGAGUACAGCCUUGUACGACAGUGGGCUGAGUUGUGGGGCUUGUUUUGAGGUCAAAUGUGUGAGCGACCCAAAAUGGUGCCUCCCCGGCUCCGUCGUAGUCACCGCCACUAACUUCUGUCCUCCGGGCGGUUGGUGCGAUCCUUCACUCCGCCAUUUCGAUCUCUCUCAACCUGCCUUCCAAAGCAUCGCUCAAACAAUCGCGGGAGUCGUUCCGGUUGCUUAUCGAAGGGUUAGAUGUGCAAGAAGGGGAGGAAUUAAGUUCAGAAUAGACGGGAAUCCUUACUUCAAUUUGGUACUCGUAAGCAAUGUGGGAGGCGCAGGGGAUGUUCAUGCUGUUUACAUUAAAGGGUCUAGGACUGGUUGGAGGGCCAUGAUCAGAAAUUGGGGUCAAAACUGGCAGAGCAACGAUUAUCUUGUAGGACAAUCCCUCUCUUUUAGGGUCAUUACCGGUGAUGGUCGCUCGGUUGUGUCCUACAAUGUUGCCCCUUCUGGCUGGUCUUUUGGACAAACCUUUUACGGCAAACAGUUCACUUAGACUUGGAAUUCGUCGAUUUCUAUCAUUUCAUCGUAUUAGUUGUGUAGAUUUCUUAGAAGGAAAGCUUUGGAUAUGAACAAAAUCAAUGUAUUUUCAUCUUCUUGUGAAGUAUCUGUAUGUUCUCAACUGAUAUGUUCAUCUAAAUAGAAGGGAUAGCCACCCAUUAUGCCCCA